GCCUCGGAGGCAGUCAUGAAGGACCCACAACUCCCAGGCAACAAACCCUGGCUCUGGCCAAAGCAGAAACCGAGCAAAAAAUCUGAUGGCAGCUCAUCAAAUGUGGAAAAAUCAGUGUCAGCCCUUACUACUGCUGACGCCUGUGCCAUCCCCCAGUUGACUGAAGCGGAAAGACUGAAGCAGACCCCGUUUGAAAGGAUUAUCUAUGACAUGGCCCACAAUGAGAAGAUCAUAAAUGACCUGAUGCUGGGCCGAAGGGUUGGCUUUUAUGAGCUGCGUGGAGAGAUCGGCCAUGGCAACUUCUCCACAGUAAAACUGGGGAUCCACUCCUUGACAAAAGAGAGAGUCGCUGUCAAAAUUGUGGACAAGCUGCGUCAGGAUAGGAAGACUCCGCCUUUUGCCUCCUCGGAGAUCAGCUGCAUGGAGAAGCUGAGUCACCCCAACAUUGUGCGCCUUUACGAGGCGAUCGAGUCCAGCAGAAGGCUGUAUCUGGUGAUGGAGUACGGCAACGGUGGAGACCUGUUCUCUCGCAUCACCACUAGAGGGAAGCUCUACGACCUGGAAGCCAAGCUGGUCUUUGCACAAAUCCUCUCUGCUGUUAAACACAUGCACGACUGCAACAUCGUCCACAGAGACCUUAAAGCAGAGAACAUCUUCUACACCACCAGUUACUGCAUCAAAGUAGGAGACUUCGGCUUCAGCACGGCUUGUGGCCCGAACGAGCUGCUCACAAGUUUCUGUGGCUCUCCACCGUACGCUGCUCCUGAGCUUUUCAAACAAAAAGGUUACACGGGACAGCACUCGGACAUGUGGGCUUUAGGAAUUCUUUUGUACUUUAUGGUGACGGCGACUUUACCCUUCUUUGGGGAGAACCUGGGGAGGCUGAAGCGCUGCAUCCUGCAGGGGGCUUACACCAUCCCUGCUUUUGUGCCUGACCCCUGUCAGCUGGUCAUCAAGGGCAUGCUGCGGGUUGUGCCUGUCGACCGCUCCUCCAUCUCACAGAUUACAAACAGUGCGUGGCUGAAGGGGAUUGAGUACCCUCAACCGUAUGCCUUUUUGCCUUCGUCCCCGGCCCACUUUGCUCAGGCCAACCAGCCUCUCAGUGUGGAGGAGCAAGAAGUGAAGACCUUCAUGUCCGCUUUAGGCAUCGCAAAAGUCCAUUUACAGAACAAUCCCUGUUUAGACUGUAAAAGCCCCUUGACUGGAACAUACAGGAUCCUCCUCCAUCGGGCCCAGAAGAGGAGGUUAGUGGAGGCUGUAGGAUAUUCAGCACUUCACCCUGAGGACUAUGAGAGUCUGAACAAGUGGUCUGAAUCAUCUAUUGGCAAACAUAUGCCCUCCGCUGUCUGUGUCAUAUUAUAACAGAAAUAAACUGUAAAGGACUUCCUAAGAGACAUUUUAUUCAUCGCUCCAAAUGAUCUUAUACACCAGUAUGUCACAUGUGGAUCAAAAUGUCCCACACGUGGAGGAUGAGGUAAUGAGCAUGCUGUUCUGAUUACAACGGGCUUACUGACACAGAACAUCAUGUCUGAAUGACUGUCAGCAUCUUCGAGUCCCUCUCAUUCAGAACAUAAACCCCUCUGAGGUAAUCCAGGACUAGAGGUAAUCCUGAUUAGGGAGACAAUUAGAACAUGCAUGGUCUGACGGAGAAGUAUGAUCAAAUAUUAAAUAUAGGAUCAAAUAAAAUAUAAUCUGGCGUAACUGAAAUUGUCUUAAAUUAAAUUAAUGUCAUAGAAAUCAUUGCAAAUGUAUGUCCUGGGCAUUUCCUCAUAUUAAAGGAGACGUAUCCUGCUUUUAAAUCCUUCCUUUUUACAUUGAAAUCAUUCAGUUGGGAUCUAUAUAAAGUGGAACUGCAACGCU